AUGGAAUCAAUGACUCUAGAAAAAAACCAAUACUCAUAUUUUGACCAAUCGACCUUCCAAAAAGCAAGCCAAAGACUUUUGAACUAUGGCGCAAGAUUUACGCCACAGGUUGUGACAUAUGCUAAAGGCUCGUACGUAUACAUCAACGAUAAAAAGGUUUUGGACUUCACUUCUGGCCAAAUGUCAACUUUGUUAGGUCAUGGACACCCAGAGAUUGCAGAAACUAUAACAAAACACGCAUCUGGCCUGGACCACCUCUACAGUGGAAUGGUAUCCCCGCCAGUACUUGAACUUGCUGAAAAGCUUACCUCAAUCCUACCAAAAGGCUUAGAUAGAGCCAUGUUUUUGAGCACAGGCUCCGAAGCUAACGAAGCCGCAAUCAAACUUGCGAAAAACAUCACCGGCAGAUUUGAAGUUGUCGGUUUUUCAUUAUCAUGGCAUGGCAUGACCAGUGGCUCCAAUGGAACUACUUAUCAGGACGGUCGUAAAAACCAGGGUCCUUUGAUGCCAGGGAACUUGUGUUUGCCGGCUCCAAACGCAUAUAGAUCGAUAUUUCGUAAGCCUGAUGGUUCUCACGACUGGGAAACAGAGCUAGAUUACGGGUUUAGUUUAAUUGAUGCAGCAUCCGUGGGAUCAUUGGCUGCUUGUAUCAUUGAGCCAGUCAUGAGCUGUGGUGGUAUGUUGGUUUUGCCCGAUGGGUAUCUCAAAGCUUUGAAGAAGCACUGCGAAAAAAGACGAAUGCUCUUGAUCGUUGACGAGGCACAAACUGCAAUCGGCAGAUGUGGUGAUAUGUUUGCCUUCGAGUCCCACGGGAUUGUUCCCGACAUCCUCACUUUAAGCAAAACCUUGGGCAAUGGCAUACCACUGUCAGCAGUGGUUACUUCUGAUGAGAUUUCUAAAAAGAGUGCCGAGAAUGGCUACUUAUUUUAUACUACUCACAUUAACGAUCCUCUUCCGGCUGCGGUCGGUGUGAAGGUACUAGAAAUAGUUCAGCGUGACAAUCUAGUUCCCCAUUCGAGGCAAAUGGGAGAAUUGUUUCGCAAAAGAUUGAGAGAGCUCCAAAAGGUCUACCGGCAAAUUGGCGACAUUAGAGGCCGAGGCCUUAUGACUGGUGUUGAACUAGUCGAUCCAGAUACUUUGGAGGCAGACGGACAGCUCGCGGAGAAACUUGCUAGCACAAUGAUGAAGUUUGGGCUUUCUGCCAACUUGAUUGCCGUGCCUGCAUUUGGGGGUGUUUUCAGGAUUGCACCUCCGAUUUCUGUCUCUGAAGAAGAAAUUUUAUUAGGCGUUGAAAUUAUUCAGAAAGCAUUUUCUGAAGUGAUCAGUUAA